AAGGCAGAAAAGCGAAUUAAGUAACAAAAAAAGUAGCAAAGCUAAAGUUGCAGCAGCAUUUAUUUUACACAGUUCUUUUAUGUAAAAUUAAAUAAUAAUUAAUAUAAUAUCAACGAAUUUUACUGCAAACAAUCAGUUUAGAGUACGAUUAAAGUAAAUCGAAAACGUUUUAGUACAAAAUUGUGGCGAAAAAGUGAAAGGAACUACGUAGAGCAGCACCAACAGUAGCAGUACGCAAAAAAAAAAGUGGAUUAAGAAAACAACAAAAGAUUGUGCAGCGGAGGAGCUGAGUGCGUUGCAAAAAUGUCGACAGGAAGGCCCAUUAAAUGUGUCGUCGUUGGCGAUGGCACCGUUGGCAAGACUUGCAUGUUAAUUUCAUACACCACAGACAGUUUUCCCGGCGAAUAUGUGCCUACAGUAUUUGACAACUACUCUGCGCCCAUGACGGUGGAUACAAUACAGGUGUCGUUGGGUUUAUGGGAUACAGCGGGUCAAGAAGACUACGAUCGCCUGCGCCCGCUAUCAUAUCCACAAACCGAUGUAUUUCUCAUAUGCUUCAGCGUGGCCAGUCCAUCCUCAUUCGAAAAUGUCACAUCGAAAUGGUAUCCUGAAAUAAAGCAUCACUGCCCGGAUGCACCGAUUAUAUUAGUCGGCACCAAAAUUGAUUUGCGUGAUGAUCGCGAAACGCUUAGCGCACUAGCCGAGCAGGGCUUGGCACCGUUGAAACGUGAGCAGGGCCAGAAAUUGGCGAAUAAAAUACGCGCCGUCAAAUAUAUGGAGUGUUCGGCAUUAACGCAAAGAGGACUGAAGCAGGUCUUCGAAGAGGCAGUGAGAGCUGUGCUCAGGCCAGAACCACAAAAACGUCGUCAACGAAAGUGUAUAGUUAUGUAAGAUCUACAACUUUUCUAUAGUGAAACAAAAACAAAAACAACAAAUAUUUAACAAAAAAGUAAAACACUCACUUACCUUAUACGGCAACAAACACACAAAACACAAUCAAGGCGUCAACAACUCGUGUCUAAGAAAUCCAACUCGAAUAUUUAUUAACGAACUGAUAUAAGUUUAUAAUCGGUAGGCAGCGACAACUUGAGAAAUGUUGUGUUGUGGUAUUAUGUUUAAUUUUUUUAUUUUUUUUUUGUUUACUAUUUUAUUGGCUCUUUUUUACGAUAACUACAAAAUUAUGCUUAUUUUAGCUUUUCUAAGACGACAAUAUCGCUUUGUCAUUCUACAUUUUUAUGUUGGCAGCUUUUAUUAUAGACAAUAGUUGUUGUAGCGCAGAUUUUUCGAAACUGAAUCUCGAAUAUUUAAAAAAACAGCAGCUUAAUUGCACUGUGCAGCUAGUAUUUGAUUCGAUAAUAUCUGUAACCAAGCAGCAGCUAAACAAAUUUUAUUUUAAGUCUCAAAUUUAUUCAGCUGAUUACUCUUUGUUAGUAUGAACCGCAACUGGACAAAAGAAAGAAAAUAGCUUAUCUAGUCAAUUGAGUAAUGAGAAAAGCAAAAACAAAAAAAAAAAAUGAAAAUAAAAAUUAA